AUGUCUUAUGUGGAUGCGGCUUGUAAAUUAGGGGUUCUAAAUCCUUCUACCUCUUUUGGUGUUGAUUCGAUGGGUAGUAAGGGGGGUUUAUUAGUUUUUGGUUGGACUAAGGCUGUUGUACGCCUAGUGUUUUCUUCUUCGAACCUUGUACUAUGUAGUGUUUUGGAAAGUAAUGGAAUAUGUAGGUAUUUUGUGUAUGUGUAUGGAGAACCGAAAGUAGAAGAUAGGAAGAAUGUUUGGGAUACUUUGGCGAUGAUCAUUUCUGCUUAUCCUCAUUGUGUUCUAAUUGGGGAUUUUAAUCAAUUGAGUAGUUUGGAGGAUAAGCUAGGGGGGUCUUCUGUUAUUAGGGGAGGAGAACGGUUUAAUGAUUGGCUAAUUGACACUGGAAUCAUAGAAGUUCCCUUUUCUGGUCCGAGAUUUAUCUGGUCUAAUAAAAGAGAGGGGAGGGAUCUUAUAAUGGAGAGAUUAGAUCGAGCAUAUGUUUCUCAAUCAUGGUUUGAUGAGUUUCCAAAUGGGAGGGUGUUUAAUGAACCAAUAGUAUGUUCUGAUCAUGCAACAAUUCUAUACAACUCUGAUUGUGUGACUCGAAGUUCUAAUAGGCCAUACCAAAUUGAGUCAUGGUGCUUGCAGUUCCCAGAGAUUAAAGAGUUGGUGCAUAGCUCUUGGAAUAGUAGAAGUUUAGGAUCACCCAUGUUUAGAUUGUCAAAUAGCCUAAAGAAAUUGCGCACCAUAAUGCAAAGAUGGUACUUGAACAAUAAGAAGAUGUGGGGGAUUAAUUGGAGGGGGACAACUAAGAGCUUAGAAACUUUGGCAAAUGGGGUUGUGUCAAUAGAGCAAGGUGUAGAAUAUGUAGAGAAAAUCAAUGAAUGGCUUCCAAGAGGUGCCCUGGAAUUCGAAUAUUGGAGGCAAAGAAUGAAGAAAAACUGGAUUAAGUUUGGGGAUUGUCCAACGCCUAUGCUAUAUAGGAGGGUAAAACAAAGACAAGUAAGAAAUGAAAUCCUUUGCUUAAAAGAUAAGAAUGAUAAUUGGGUAGAAGGGCAAAAGAGGGUUGAAGAUUUGGUGGUUAGUUCUUUGAAGGAGGUGUUUAAUCCUAGUAUUCAAGAUUCUCACCUAGAAGAUGUAGAUCUUGUGCUACGUCAACUUGACCUACCCCAAAUAAAAGAGAUUGAUAAAGCCAUGUUAUCAUCUAAUUUUUCUUAUGAGGAAAUCCGGAAAGCAAUGUUCGAUAUAAAGUGUUGUAAGUCCCCGGGUCCAGAUGGCUUUAAUGCGGAAUUUUUCCAGAAAUAUUGGGAGUUAGUGGGCCCUAUGGUUUGUGAGAGUGUGUUAAAUUUCUUCGAAAAGGGUUAUGUUUUAAAAGAGUGGAAUCAAUCGCUCCUUGUCAUGAUUCCGAAAAUUGCCACUCCGAUUUUGGCAGGACACUUUCGACCAAUUAGUUUGUGUAACACGAUCUAUAAAUGUAUCUCGAAAUGUAUGGUGAAUAGAAUGAAGUCGUGUCUACCUAUGUUGAUAACGGAUUUUCAACAUGCUUUCAUUCCGGGAAGGUAUAUUGAGGAUAAUGUUCUUUUAAGUCAUGAACUCAUCCACAUGGUUAAUACGAGAAAAUCCUCGGAUGCGGUAGUGAUUAAACUGGAUAUGUCUAAAGCCUAUGACCGUGUUAAUUGGAAUUUCUUGCUCAAAGUUCUCUUAGCAUAUGGGUUUCCUCCUCAAUGGGUCCAGCUUGUUUCUCAAUGUAUUUCGACGGUCUCCUAUAAGGCGAUAGUGAAUGGAAGAAUGUCCGAAACAUUUAGGCCUAAAUGUGGUCUACGACAAGGAGACCCUUUGUCACCUUAUCUUUUUCUGUUUUGCAUGGAUAUUUUGUCACGAAUGCUGCAAAUGGCUGAAAAUAUUAAGCAGAUCCAGGGUCUUAAAGUUUCGAGAAGAGCUCCUUCGAUAUCACACCUUUUCUUCGCGGAUGAUGCGUUGCUUUUCUUCAAAGCUGAUUCAACCAAUUGCAAAAACAUAGCUGAUAUUCUUGGGGAGUUUGGCAGAAUCUCAGGGCAACAGCUUAAUCUUCAAAAAUCUUUUGCAAAAUUCUCACCCCACUUACGAAAAGAAAAGGUGGAGGAAAUGAAAUCGUUACUUUCCAUGCCAGUGGUUAACAAUGUUGGAAAUCAUUUGGGUGUACCAGUUGAUCUUUCUGGGAGCAAAUCUGUCUUCUUUCAGAGUUUGCUGAAUAAGAUUUCUAACAAGAUUAUUUCUUGGUCCCACCUUCACAUUUCACAGGCGGCAAAAUUGGUGCUUAUUCAAUCUAUUCUCAUGAGCUUGGCAUCUCAUGUUAUGAGAAGCCUCAAGAUCCCUAGUGCCACUGUCCACAAGAUUGACUCGUUGAUUGCAAAAUUUUGGUGGGCUGGGAAUGGUGAGCGUGGAAUACAUUGGGUAAGAAGGGAGAUUGUUCAUCGGCCAAAGAGACUAGGAGGGCUAGGAAUUCGAUCCGCGGAGUUAGUUAAUGACACUCCUCUUUUUAAACAAGCCUUUAGGAUCCACAAUAACCCAAACCUUUUAAUCUCAAGGGUGGUGAAUAGUAGGCAGGGUUGUUUGGUUUGUAGUAACUUGUCUAAGAUAGGUUUGGCACAAAAUAGUUCCUGGGGAAAGAGGAGCCUUUUUCAGGCAGUUAAGAAGUUUGAAAAGGGUUUAGCUUGGAAAAUUGGAGAGGGGAGUAAGGUUAAAGCUGUUAGUAUGCCUUGGGUAGAAGGAAGAGUGCCUGAAGUCAAGGAUUCUCAACAGAUAUUCCAAGCUAGAUUAUGGAAAGUGAAAGAUUUUAUAAGAGAGAAUCAUGAGUGGAACCAUUGCAAGAUUAGAGAAUGCUUUGUCUGGAAAGAUGCAAGUGCAAUUGUAGCAAUGGAGCAACCGAAAGAAGGAGAGGAUGAUUACUUAUACUGGAAGAUGCAUCCUUCUGGAAAAUUUUCUACUAAGUCUGGCUAUUCCUUCAUUUCGCAACAAAGUUCUAAAGACAUUCAGGAAGUCAGCAAGGAGGAUGCUAUUUUCUUCAAACUUAUUUGGAAGCUCGACAUUCUACCUAGAUGGAAAGUAUUUUUAUGGAAACUUAUGUACAAUGCAGUUGCGGCCAAGGAAAAUCUGAACAAGAGAGGGAUUGUAACAAUCACAAGUUACUGUGGGUUUCCUAGUGAGGAUUCACAACAUAUUUUCCGUUUUUGUAACUUAGCAAAACUGGUUUGGAGCUGCUCGCCCCUACAGAUUUGCUCAAAUGAUAAUGAAGACAUUUCUUUGAAGAAAUGGAUUCAAAGCUAUAUCCUGCUCUUUCGUAGCAAGGAUGGUUCUGACUGCUUCAGAAUCGACUGUUUCGUUGCGGUUCUAUGGAGUUUAUGGACUACAAGGAACAACAGAAUCUUUCGUAAUGAGAAUGGUCAUGCGCGUUUAGUUCUUCAGAAUGUUGACAGGAUUCUAGAUACUUCAAAACUCUAUAAAUCUUGCAUCCCAAUUGCUCCCAAAGAAAAUCAGGAGGGUGAAGUUCCCCCGGGUUUUAACCUGGUUCAAUUGGGGAUCCUUAAGGAUAAGCUUUCUAACUCUGUUUUGCAGGUUGAUGGUUCAUGGGAAAAGAAGACAGGCAAAUCAGGAGGAGGUUGGGUUUACAAAUUUCAUGAUGAUACCCAUUUCCAACCAGGAGGGGGUUUCUAUGGAUGUGCACACUCAGCAAUACAGGUUGAGACGGAAACUUGUCUGAGAGCAAUGCAGUGGGUGAAGCAACAAGAGAAAUCAGAAAUCUUUAUCAUGAUAGACUCAUCAGUCUUGAUUUCAGCUCUAAGGAAUGCAGUGAAUGCUGAUGUUAGGAUUUCUUGGAUGAUUAGAAGAAUCAAGCAACUAGCUUCAACAUCUGUACGAUUCUCAAGGUGGACAGAAGGGUGA